AAUGGUAUUAUUUAUAUUUGUAUUAUUGCAUUAAGAAAUGGAUUUGUGAACUUUAUUAUACAACUCCCUUAUUUAUAUUUCUAUUAUUGCAUCAAGAAAUGAUAGGAUUCAAAAAAGAAAUGAGAGAUGGAGAAAGGUGAAGCUAUGGGGAAAAAAAGAGAGAAGAGAAGGAUAGUGUUGGUUCCGCUAACACUUCAUGGACAUAUUACUCCGAUUCUGCAACUAGGCAAAGCCCUUAGCUUGAAAGGCUUCUCAAUAACAGUUUUUCAGGGUCAGUUCAAUCGUGUAAACACUUCUUCGCCACACUAUUCUGGUUUUCAGUUCCUCGACGUAACAGGAAGCUUACCUGAGUCUGAACUUAUGAGACUCUCGCCAGUCGAAUUUCUGAUGAAGCAAAACAAAAUGAGCGAGGCAAACUUCAAAACCUGUAUAGGUCAGUUGCUGGUGCAACAGGGAAAUGAUAUUGCUUGUAUCAUCUACGACGAGUUCAUGUCAUUCUGUGGAGCUACAGCUGAGGAAUACAAGCUUCCUAGUUUCAUCUUCACCGCUGCAAGUGCUACACAUAAAGCUUGCCAAGUUUUUUUAAGCAAACUCAAUGCCAAGAAGUUCUUGAUGGAGAUGGAAGAUCCUGGAGUGCAAGACACAGUGGUGGAGGCAUUGCAUCCUAUAAGAUACAAAGACCUUCCGACAUCAGGAUUUGGGCCUCUAGAAUCAUUUUUGGAGAGCUGUAGGGUAGUCAACAAAAGAACAGGUUCUGGCAUUAUCCUCAACACGGCAAGCUGUCUAGAAAGCUCUUCUCUGUCAUGGAUGCAAAGAGAACUUGGAAUUCCAAUGUACGCACUAGGCCCUCUUCAUGCUUUAGCUAAAGCAGUGAAAUCUAGUUUACUGGAAGAGGACAGGGGCUGCCUUGAAUGGCUGAACAAGCAGAAGCCGAGGUCGGUGAUAUACAUAAGCCUGGGAAGCUUGGGUAGCAUGGAAAUUAAGGAUGUUUUGGAGAUGGCUUCAGGAUUGUAUAAUAGCAACCAACCUUUCUUAUGGGUCAUCCGGCCGGGCUCUAUCGUAGGCUCCGAGAUAGAGUCAUUGCCAGAGGAAGUCAAUAAAAAAGUCUCAGAGAGAGGAUACAUUGUGGAAUGGGCACCACAGAAUGAAGUACUUGGUCAUCCUGCAGUAGGAGGUUUCUGGAGCCACUGUGGAUGGAACUCAAUACUUGAGAGCAUUGAGGAAGGAGUUCCAUUUAUUUGCAGGCCUUUUCAAGGCGAACAGAAGUUAAACGCAAUGUAUUUAGAAAGCGUUUGGAGGAUAGGGAUUCAGCUAGGAGGAGAAGUGGAAAGAGGAAAGGUUGAGAGAGCUGUGAAGAGGUUGAUUGUGGAUAAAGAAGGUGCAAACAUGAGGAGAAGAGCCCUUGAUUUAAAAGAGAUGAUCAAAACCUCAUGUAUAAUUAGAGAUCACUAA